GGACGCACUGGCGGAGCCGCGCGCGUGAGUCGAUAAGAAGCGGCGAGGCUCCUCCCUCCAGCGGUGACAAAGCCACUCUUCAGGCGGCACGUUCACCCACUGAGCUGCUCGCGACAGCUGCGCUCCCGCGAUACACCUUCUCCGCUCCAGUGAAACGAGUCGUAAAACGCAGGCGAUGCCCACAAUUAAACUACAGAGCUCCGAUGGAGAAAUCUUCGAGGUGGAUGUUGAGAUCGCCAAGCAGUCGGUGACCAUCAAAACCAUGUUGGAAGAUCUGGGGAUGGACGACGAGGGAGACGACGACCCUGUUCCCCUGCCCAACGUCAACGCAGCCAUUCUCAAGAAGGUGAUCCAGUGGUGCACUCACCACAAGGACGAUCCUCCUCCACCUGAGGACGACGAGAACAAGGAGAAGAGGACAGACGACAUUCCUGUGUGGGACCAGGAGUUCCUGAAAGUGGACCAGGGCACCCUGUUCGAGCUCAUCCUGGCUGCCAACUACCUGGACAUCAAAGGACUGCUAGACGUCACCUGCAAGACGGUGGCCAACAUGAUCAAAGGCAAAACCCCUGAGGAGAUCAGAAAAACCUUCAACAUCAAAAACGACUUCACAGAGGAAGAGGAGGCCCAGGUACGCAAAGAGAACCAGUGGUGCGAAGAGAAGUAGAGGCUGCCCACACUGACCCCGCUCAAGCGACGGCGCCGAGACUGCUGCACUGGUGUUGUUCAUACUUGUUAAUAUUUAGUAUCUUUAGACGCCCUCCUCUCCUCGCUAGCAUGACCCUUUUAACUGGCCUGUGUGGCGCUCUUAUUUAAAUAAACCUGGUUUCCACACAAACCCGUGUCGUGAAUGAACGUCUGGCUUUCAUGGCACCCGGUUCUGUCGACCCUUUCCUUGCUUUCCUUUUGAGAUUGGACCCACAAAAAUGUCACGCGGCUUCUGACGGGUUAAUAGUUUCUGCUCAUUUAACUUUUUUUUUUUUUUAAACUUGGUGUUGAUUCCUCGUUCAUGUUGUACUGAAUCAGGAAGUGUUGCACACAAACUGUUGACUUUUAAGAUGAUAAACUGAAGGAGUAAAUAAAGUCUAUAAAAGCUUC